CAUCCAAAAGAAGAUAAAAUAAAUAAGAGUCCAUUUUGUGCCUAAGAAAAGCCCUUUCUCCAUCAAUGAGAAGGGAAGCAAUCUGUUAAAUAAGAUCAAAGAUUACACAAGAAAUGCACGGCAUUUGUGUAGGUAGAAAUCCAUUUCUAAGCACCCCUCCAUGCUAAAAGAGAAAGUAAAGAUCUAGCUGCGGGGUCUACAAAUUGGAAGCAAUCCAAAUGUUGCCUUUUCUGGAUUGGAAUUUUUUUUUGAUAAAUUUUCUGGAUUGAAUUUAUUGAACCAUAUAAUUUUAAAAGUAUAAAUACUUUUGGCUCGUUGAGCAACAUUUACCAGUAAUAGUAUAAGAAUGUUACAGAUUUGCGUUUACACAAGGAGUAAAUCCAUUUCUCUCUUGUCACCUGUACAUUUUUCUCAAAAUGUUUCAGUUUUUUUUCCCAAAUCAACUGAUUGGUUCUUGAUUGUUAUCAAAGUUUUUGUCAGGAGUUGUCUCUACUGCCCAAUCUUUCCAAUUGGAAGAUGGAACACUUGCCCAACAUGGGAAGUGCACAAGAUCUCGAGUAUGGAGAUAUCUACCGAAAGAUUACUUAUUCUACAACCCAACUUAAGUGGUAAGAACAUAAUCAGAUAUACAAAGAAGAAAAGAAAAAGGAAAGAAGUGGUAUAUUAUAUAUAGCAGUGCAAGUUUGGUAUUUUCUUUACGCCAUGAUAAAGUGAGUGAGAUUCCUAAAAUAGACCCUUUUCUCAUAAAAGAAUGCAGUCGCUUUCACACAAGGCAAGGAAGAUACCAAAACCUCCCCCACCAAUUAGAAUUUAGAACCCAAGGUAACUCUCUUGCCAAGCUCCCAAGAUCUAAAUCCGGUGCUGCAACAUAAAAUUGAAAAACCUACACACUCCCCGAAUGUUGUCUUUUGCAGGACUCUCACCACCACCACCACUCCCCAAUGCAGCAGCGAAAGCUAUUGCAUAGACGCACAAGUCCCGUUAUCUGGUUUAUUGCCAUCAUCUGCACCAUUGUAGCCAUUGCAGUGAUAGUCACAGGCCUGGUUGUGUUCAUCGGCUAUUUGAUCAUCCGACCAAGGGUACCCUCCAUAAGCGUCACACAAGCUCAUAUGGAGAAGCUAGGCUACCACGAGACUGGACAAAUGGAUACCCAGAUCAGUAUCACCAUCAAGGCAGAGAAUGACAACGCCAAGGCUCAUGCAACCUUCUCAGACUUGAGCUUGUUUCUCUCUUUCAAUGGGAUCAAAAUAGCUCAAUUGACAGCUGGCCCCUUUGAUGUACCCAAGAACAGCUCUCUUGAUCUUCCUUACUUCGUCCAGUCGUCGUCAAUCCCAUUAGCCCCGGAGGGGAUGGAGGAAGUCGAUGCGUCAUUGAAGCGGAACAAGAUAUCAUUUGAUCUGAAAGGCGAUGUGAGGGCCCGGUGGAGGGUAGGAGUUCUAGGGUCUGUUAAGUUCUGGGGUCACAUGGCCUGCCAACUGCACUUCUUUCCAUCGAACGGGAGCAGUCUAAACCCACCACAUUGUAGCUCCAGGUCUCAGUAAUUCAAGGAUUCAAUUAUGUUUUCCUAUUUAAUUGUUUUUAUUGCUUAUUAUAGGUCAUAUUUUUCUCCUGUAUACUUUCUUCUUUCCAAUGUUCUUCUUGUUCUCUUGUCAUCUGGGAUUCUAGAACCAUAGCUUGCAGAGAAGAUACACAAGAAUUGUAAAUAACAAGAAGAAGCAAAUAAACUCGUUUUUGGUUUUUA